AUGCCAGCCAGCAGCGGUCUUUUUCCAGCACUCAACCUCUUUCCGCUCAACGACUCGUUUAUCCCAAAGCACAUUGUCCUCGCCGGCGGACAACGCGUCAAGAUUGGUCGCCAGACAAACGCAAAGACGGUGCCCGGAGAGAAAAACGGAUACUUUGAUUCAAAAGUACUCAGUCGCCAGCAUGCAGAGGUCUGGGAAGAGAGCGGAAAGAUUUACAUCAAAGACGUCAAGUCGUCAAACGGAACAUUUAUAAAUGGCACCCGGCUCAGUCAUGAAGGCGUAGAAUCGCCUCCUUUUGAGCUCAACACCGACGAUGUAGUCGAAUUUGGCAUCGAUAUCGUCGGGGAAGACAACCAGACAAUUGUCCAUCACAAAGUCGCUGCCAGAGUCCAGUGUUUGCUCAGCCAGGACGAUGUAAACGCCGCCCAGCAGCAUGCCGUCUACGCCCAACAGGCUCAGCAGCAUACGCUCGGCCAUUCCCAGCCAAAUCACUUUCAACAGAUGCCCCCCGGUCAACGUCGCCCUUCUCUCCACGGUGCGCCAAACCAUCAGGGCAGCCUGGGUGCUUUGGCUCCCGUUGGCAGGGGCGUCCCAAAGCAGGGCGGGCUCUCCUUUGACGCAAUUCUCAGUAAACUUCAGAGCGAAGUCCAACGGAGCAGAGAAACAUCGCAAGAGCUCCAGUCGUUGACCGCUGCCAUGUCGGAAAUUCAUGACUCGUUGGGCGGAGUGUCGGCUCAACCCAUCCCCGCUUAUCCACAUGUCCUCCCUCCCGUUCGCCAGGACUCGGAUCCCGUAGUGCCGCCUCCUCCCACCGCCCCCCCUCCAGAAGUUGCCCUGCUCACGGAACAAUUGGAGCAGACCCGCUCGAUGCUCACGACACACGUUGACAAGAUUGAUAGUCUUGGAUUGGAGAGCAUCGUCGGCGAGCAUGAUGGGCUCAAGCGCGAGAUUGGCAAGCUAAAGGAGAUGAUCGACCAUCAAAAGCUCGAAACCACAAUGGCUAUUGCAAGCCAUGAACAAACACGAAAACAGGCCAUGGAGGAAGACGAUGAUGAUACCCGGAGUGUUGGCACCGUGAUGCCCAGCGAGCAAUUUGACGAGGACAUGGAAGACGACAACCUUGAAGCUCGAAGGCGCAGAAGUCGCGAGCUCGGCCGUCCUCGAACACCAGAACCGUCCAUGGGAAUGGACGAUUCGGACGGCGAAGGCGACAUGAAUCUCUCUGGUCCAGCCAGACUCGCCAGCCGCGGUACGGUGCGCAGAGGGUGGGACGGUCGCACAGAAAAUGGCUCGGCAGAUGCCACCCUUCUCUCUUCUACGACCCAAGAAAGCGUCGACAAACUCACCGAACGUCUCGAUGAGCUCACAGCCCGAUUCGAGUCUGCUAUACAACACACUCAACAGCUUCAGGCCAAGCAGGCUGAGGCUCAAGAACGAAUUGCGCUGCUUCAGGCAAAAGUCGACGAGCUCGAGGCGACAAAGGAGUCUUUGGCAGCAGCCUCGACUAUCCGAGACGAGUCGGCAGCCUCACAAGAGCAUCCAUCGAUUAUUGCAAACCUCGUCGAGCUCACCAAAACCUUUGAGGGAAAAUGGGAGCGUCAAAGAGAGGAAUGGAUCGACGAGCGUGAGCGAUUACGCGCGACAAAGGAAGAAUGGGAGCGCAGGGUUCGUCGCGUCGAGGAGGAUCUCGUCGGAGUGAGAGAUGUUGCCUCUGCGGCCUCUGCAACCGCCAACAGUGCCUCGACGGCCAUUGCCGCUCACGCCAAGGAUCUGGCGAGUUUCAUCUCGGAAUUUCGCGAGGAGACGGCCAACGAACGCGUAGACGAGUCUGAGUUUGCUCCACCAAGCCCGAGGAGCAUCUCGUCGGACGUCUUGCGCAGGCGGAAAAAGUCGUCUGCGCGUGCUCGGGGACGUUCGCGGUCACAGUCACCGUCUGGUCACGUCUCCAAUGGGCAUGCUGUCGAGCCAGAGGAGGUGCAGCAGCCCUACUCGCCGACAUCGCUCAGCUCGCCCCCUUUUGCCAACGGUCAGGCCUCGGAGCUUAAUGGUUACAACGACAGCAGGCGACUACCGGCUGCGUUGGGGGAGCUCGAGGUUCCGUCCCGAAGCGAAUCCAUGAGCUCGACGUCUGCCCUCUCGCACUCUGGCCGCAAAUCUGAUACUGCUAUACCCUACAUGUCUGCAGCCGCAACACUUGGUGUCGCACUCAUCGGUGUCGCGGCGUGGACAGCAGCCAAUCAUAUUCACACAUAA